CUUGAUCAAACCCAAUUGAGAACCUUGUUACUUUGACAGGCCGGGUAUAUUAAGACAGAUCUCUCCGAUGUGAGAAUUGCAAAAGACAGCAAACAUGUUUUACCUCACGAGUGCGGCCUUGUUGGUCGGCGGUGCAUUUGCCCAAGUCCCCAGCGCCUUGUAUGGCACCUUCUACCCGAAGAACAUCAACACCACGGAAUGGAUUAGCAAUGACACCAUAGGCACUUAUGGCGGCAUCUACCAAGCGGGAACGUACGACUGGAAUGUCGAGAAUAAGACUUAUGGAACCUAUGACUACUGCUUCAUGCCUCACCCGAGGGUGCAAGAGUAUCGACUUCCCGCACCCGUGGCCAAUGGCUCGGUCAAGGCUGAGCUCGUGUAUUUGCAAUACCUGCAACGGCAUCAGAGACGGACGCCUUACAACAUCUUACCCACGGGCGAGAAUCAGCCGUUUGAGUGCGACAACAUCGACACCUACCUCUAUGCUGGGCCUGGCCAGGGUGUGUCCGCUCAAGCGCCUAUCGAUGUUUACGGCGAGACAUACACCGAUCCCACGAAUCCGUUCGUGAAGACGUACAUUCCAGGGACGUGUCAGUAUCCUCAGCUUACCAUCGGUGGUCUUUUGGACGCCUACAUCCAUGCACAGGACCUGUGGGGUGUGUAUGGGGAGAAGCUCGGAUUCUUGCCUUCGUGUCCGGACAACACCACAUGGUUUCGAUCGUCGGAGUCGCCAUUGACCCAGCAGACAGCCGGAGGGGUGCUGCGAGGGAUCUGGCCUUCUUACUCCAAGUCGCUGCCCUUGCAUCAGCAGGCCACGGAUGUUGAUACGGUGAACGAGGGCUUCUCCUGCAGUUACCGCAACACGAUCCUAGCGGACAUUCUCAACACUUCGGCAUGGCAAGCGCAGCUCCAGGCCGCGGCGCCUCUGCUCGCUCAGCUCGAACCCUUCACCGCCAACGACAGCGCUUGGACGCAGACGUUUGAUCAUCUGUCUGAUAAUUUCCAGAGCCGCUUGUGUAAUGGGUAUCAUCUUCCCUGCGCCAUCAAUGACACUUCAGACUGCGUGAGCAUGACCCAAGCGGACGAGGUCUUCCGAACAGGCGAUUGGGAAUGGAAUUAUUACUGGCGAGCCUAUCCCAACGCAAAGACGUACAUCCAGACGGUGGAGGGCCUGUUCAUCCAGGAGAUCCUGGCGCGAUUCGCCGCCGUGGAGGCCGGGACCAACACGAUCAAGUACGAGCAUGACUUUAUCCACGACGGCGACAUUGGACCCGUCGCUGGAGCUCUGGGCAUUUCUUCGCUUCGUUGGCCAGGUAUGGGGAGUAACAUCGCCUUUGAGCUCUGGCGUAUUGAUGGAGGGUCGAUUUAUGCGCGUGUGCUAUACAGUGGGCAGCCCAUGGAGACCAUCUAUGGCCUUCUCGAGUGGUUGCCUCUGUCGCAAUUGGUCGGGAUUUUGCAGGAGUAUGUUCCCGAGAACAUUAUCCAGCUCUGCAAUACGAGUAGUUAGUGAAGCAGAGAUGAGGAAGACAAUAAUACCAUCAGUCUCCUCCCAAAGUGCUUCCACCAGAAAUAGAGUUUCGCAAUUGGUGGCGACGUCCAGUCCGAUCGCGGCUGUUCAAUGUUGAUCACGAG